AUGAAGGCGACCCUAGAACUUGUUUUGCUGGUCAUCUCUUUAUCUCUACCGGCGGCAUUUGCCCAAGGGCCGCCACCACCAAAGUGGAAAUGGCCUUCUCCCGGUGUUCUGCCUUCUCCCAUACUUCGCGAUCCAGAACUCAGGGAGUGUUGGAAUCCUCUCCGAAAACCGCCGGGAUGCAUGCCAUCCAUUUACGAUUCGUCGGAGAAGGGGAUGGUGUCGCUGAGCACAGAGUGCUGCGACGCUGUGAAGGCUCUCAGCCCCCGCUGCUUCGAGAGAAUAUUCACUGCCCAGCCUUUCCAGCCGGAGUUUUCUCAGAAAGUUCGCGACUUUUGUGCUUCCGUCCAGGGGACUUCUCCCGCUUCCGCGCCAUCUUUCUAG